AUAAACUCCUCCCACUCCGGUUUGCGUCCCUUCCUUCCGGCUCCUUAUCCGGCUGACUCAUAAGGAGUUGACCAAAUGCCAAUCAGUGGGAUGUGAAUCACCUGGUCCACCUGCAUAAAAAUGAAGUCAAGCUUAUAGUUUUCAAUGUGCGUGUGUAUUUUUUUUAUCAUUAGUAUUAUUUUGUCUUUUGUUUAAAACGAUGCCUCCCAAAAAACAAGCAGCAGAUCCUCAGCCGAGUUCAAAACCUGCUUCUGCUGGAGAGCCCGACAAGAAGAAAACAUCUGCACGCGCCGCGGCGGUGCGGAAACCCGCGUCUCAUCCGUCCACGGCCGCCAUGGUGAGAGAGGCGCUGGAGGCCCUGGACUCACGCAAAGGGGUUUCCUCCCAGGCCCUGCAGCGCUACAUCAAACAGACGUACCCCACCGUGGAGCCGGUGAGGCUGAAGCACUUGGUCCGCAGAGUCUUGAAGAACGGCUUGUUGAGCGGGACGCUGGUGAGGCCCGUCAACGCCACCAUCACCACGGGCGCAUUGGGGAAGUUCAGGCUUGCGCCAAAAGUUAAAGAGGUGAAGCCGAAAAGCGAGAACACUGAUCCAAACGGACAGAAGCCCAAAGCUGGAGCCAAGAAGACCCAGACAGAAGACGCCACCAAGAAGAAGCCAACAAAGGAAAAGGCAAAAUCUACAAAGAAGCCGAAGGCUCCAAAAACCACAAAGGAUGAGGCAGAUGUUCCUCCAGUAAAGAAGCCAAAAGCUAAGAAAGCGGAGGCGAAGGGAAGCGGUGCUGAAAGCUCCGAACCAACCAAAAAUAAGACUGCAAAGGCCAAAGGGGCAAAAACGGACAAGAAAACCCAAAACAAGGCUGCAACGUCAGGCAGUGAUGCCCCUGCAUCUAAAACUGCUGGCAAACGAGUGAAGAAGACAGUGUGAAAUGAGGAAUCUAUUUUAUUUUUUUAGAUUUGUUUACAAUAAAUGUGUAUUUUUUCAAAGUUUUGGUUUUUCUAUUUCCCAUUUUGAACGAACGGG